AUUAUAAUAAGAGAAAGACAAAAUAGAUCAUACGGACGUUUCCCGUUCUGUAGGCUGUUUCCGGAGAGCGCUCGAAGACGACCUUCCCCUUCCUUCCAUGGCGGCGGCUCGGAUGCUUCAGAGGCGAAUUCUCUCUCUCUUCGCUCGCCCGCACUGCCCAUACUCUCUUAACACAGCUACAGAGACCUCGUCUCAGCGCCUUCUUCCUUCAGUGAAUGCAUUCUUCAGUGGCAGUGACUUCCAUGGCAAACGGUUACAGACACUGGCAACACCAAUCAACAAACCCACCAUAGACACCAACGAACAAGAAGAAGCUAUUGCUCCCGCUGGUCCAAGCAGUAACCAGAGCCCCGAAAUCAAGUUCUCUGCCAUGUCCAAUCUGAAAACAUCCUCAAGGCACGACCUCGCUAUGGUCUUCACUUGCAAAGUCUGUGAGACAAGAUCGGUGAAGACAGCCUGUCGGGAGUCAUAUGAGAAAGGGGUGGUCGUGGUCAGGUGUGGUGGGUGCAACAAUCUCCACCUGAUAGCUGAUCGGCUCGGGUGGUUUGGGGAGCCCGGGAGCAUCGAGGACUUCCUAGCGGCUCGUGGAGAGGAGGUUAAGAAGGGAUCGGUGGAUACUCUGAAUCUGACGUUGGAAGAUUUAGCUGGAAGUAGAUCUUGAGGAUGGAUAGCACAAUAGAUAAGCCAUGAAUUGAGUCAAUUGACAAUGGAAGAACUGAUACGUGGGCAGCAAGUGAAUUGAAUGUAUUAGUUUUCGAUGUCUUUGAUUCGACGAUUGCUUUGCUUGGUUCGUGAUGCCAAAAUUGCACGUGCCUUGGGGAAUAAUUACCAAAGCAUUAUGAUAUUCUCUAAUUGUAAGAAACAAAAACGAAUUGAUUCUUCUGCCUUACUAUUCCA